AUGUCACCAAGAGCCUCAAAAACCAUCUCCGCCGCAAACCAAGCCAUCGCGGCACAGAACCAACUGAACUCCCCCUUCCUGCGCCUCCCCAGCGAAAUCCGAAACCAAAUCUACUACUACGCCCUAGGCGGCCAUGAAAUCUACCUCGUAACCCUUCCCAGUGACGACAAGAAGAAGCGACUAGGAUGCCGCCCACCCCACCAAAAAACCUGGGAAAUGCACCCCAUCACAAAGAAGCUAGCCAUCAACCUCCCACUCACCUGCCGCCAAAUCCGCUGUGACCUAGGAGCCUACUACCCCUUCAUCCACAACACUUUCGGCGCAACGGAUUGA